UGCGCGGCGGGGCUGAGGCGGCCGGGGCGGCCCGAGCGCAGAUAUUUACUGGAGACAUUUGUGGAUGUCACGACUGGGGAGGGGUCCCCCUGGCAUCGAGUGGGGGGAGCCCGGGGAGGCUGCUCAGCACCCCACAGUGCCCAGGACGCCCCAUCCCAUGUCAGCCAAGUGUGCGGGAAAUCCUGCGGUUGCUGACGUGGGUUUGGCGCCUGGACGUCGGUGAAGACCGCCGGGCCUUGCACAGGGUAAAGUGGUGCUUCCUGGGAAAACUGAAAAAGCUCUCUGGACGCCCGGGCCCCGGAGCCGAUGGCAGACGAUGUCAGCCACUAACAACAUAGCUCAGGCCCGGAAGCUCGUGGAGCAGCUGCGCAUCGAGGCCGGGAUCGAGCGCAUCAAGGUCUCCAAAGCCUCGUCCGAACUCAUGAGUUAUUGUGAGCAGCACGCCCGCAGCGACCCCUUGCUGGUUGGGGUGCCCGCCUCCGAGAACCCAUUUAAGGACAAGAAACCAUGCAUCAUUCUGUAGCCUUGUUCUCUUGUGCGCUGUGCGUGCAACGUCUCUCUCUCGCUGUCUCUCGCGUGCUCUCUCUCUCCCUCCAGCAGGGCACCGUUUAGUCCUUAGCUCUAAAGGAAAGCCUCUCGAGACCCCCAAACUUUUAAUUCCAAAAGAAAUGCAAAGCACUGCAACCAUGCAGACGGGGUUGAGAACUGUCUUCUAGCUUUAGACGGGUUUAAAGAUCAACAAUGCACCCCACUAUUUCGAUCAAGGACACCCCAAACACCCAAGCGGUGUGGUAACAAUUUUUUAAAACUCCCAAAGGCCGGUGGGAUUGUCCAGAGCCGAGCUGGACGAGGCCAAAGGGGAUGAGACGGGCAAAUCCAUCGCCAGCUUGGGCUGGCCUGGCUGGGCAGCGGCUCCCCUACAAUUGGCCAUUUGUGCAAAGCCUUCCACCAGGUCCCUGGGAUGUUUUUUAAGAAGAGGUAAAAUUUGGGGUGGGGGUUGGAAGUGGGGAGGCCAUAAUGACUUUUCUCGAAAACUCUUCUUUUUGCUUUAACAAUUGUUAUUCCAUUCUGCUAAGGCCGGAUUUUCAUGGCCAAAUCCGCAACUUAAGUGACAAUGUGAAAGACACAAAUGGGUUUUAGGGGCCAGGCGGGGUCCAGGGCUGGGGAGAGAGCUUUAUCUAUGAAAUGCCAACUAUUUGCCCCUCGACAGCCACCCCGGGCCCCAUCGUCCGCUGGGAAGAGUCCAGCUCUCAAAUUGCCGAUUGCAUUUUGUUUUAUUUUAAGCAGGAGCCAUGGAUAUGGGUUGUUUCGGCUUUGAUCUUAUUUGGCUCUUCCAAUUUGGGGUUUGUUUGUGUUUUUUUUUUUAUUCCCCGCUUCUUGCCCAUUGCCCACCACCGCGUUUCAAGCCGAAACACAGCGUCCUGGCGGGCAGAGCCGCUUUUCACUUCUGCGUGCCAAAAGUUCCUCUUCGUCCCAGAAACGAAAACUUAUUUACGCUCAGCUCUUUUUGCUCCUUGCUGUUGCCCGACCCUCCAAUUCUGUCCCCCACGCCCUCACCCCACAACCAGGGGCGCUUGGCUUGAGGAAGUGAAAUAAGUGAAAUCUCGUGGCACUCGAAUCAUCGCUGUCCCCAACAGCGUUGGCAAUUUGAGGUGUCCGGGAGCGGGGAGGGGGCACUUUUGAAAACAUUAGGUUUUCCUCUUUUUUGAUGCAGACAGCGAAACGAGCAGGUGGCAGAAGGAAGGGACAAAAUGCUCUCCCUUCCUGUGCCCGCCGGCGUCACGGGCAGCCAAACCUGGGCCCCACCUGUCCCCGGCGGCCAGGCCUGUCCCCCUUACCCGCCAUCACCCCAGGAGCUGACCUGGAAAUACCAGGGGAUGGUGCCGAGCCCAGCUCUGUCUGCCCCUAGAAAUCAGAUUCUGAGGGCUCCCUGGACGGCCACCGAGCCCGGGGCCUCGCCUUAGGGAGCAGGACCAGGGGAUGGCCAGGGGACAGCCAGGGGGGCAGGGACAAGCCCCCUACCCAGGCCUUUGGGCUCCCUUCCCUCCCCGCUGGGGCCUUGCCAAAUGAAGAUGGCUCCCGAGAGCCCAAGGUUUGGGGGUGCUGGGUGGAGAGAAGGUGGGAGGUGAGGCCCCGGCGAGCUCCCAAAGGCCUGGGCUGGAGGGUGCCGGCUUCCUCCUGGCUCCCGGCGGGUCCGGGAAAGCCAGGGGGUUUGGGGAGCCCACCCUGGGAUAAGGAGAGGCAGGGAAGCUUCCAGACUCUGCAGCCUUCUCUUAACCGGGCUGGAGAGCGGGGGACCCCCAUCCACAGCAGAGGUGGCAGGAAGGGGCCCAGGACGCACGCAGGUAUGGGGUUCUGUGGGCGGGGCUUGUCGAGGCCACGCCUGCUGCCUGGAAGGCCCCGCCCCAGGCUCCACCCCCUGGGCCGCUGAGGCACCCGGGCGGCUGGCAGGGGUUGGAGAGGCAAACCUCUUUCCCUUGAAAAGCAGCCUUAAUCCCUGAGGCUGCACCAGGUCCUGCUCCAUCCGUCCGUCCUGCCUCCAGCGGCCCCCUCCGGCCAGCUCCAUUCCGGCCACCAGGCUCCAAAGGGGACAGAAGAUCUAGCUCUCAGGGACACUCCGGGGACCCACCACCCUGCACGGCCAAGAGGAAGGAUGAGGACGCACCUGCGCCAAGCCCAGGCCACCCCUAUGUCUCCACGGGGGGUGGCCCCAGAGAGGCCGCUGGAGGGACACAGGCCAGGGUGGCCAGGGCCCCCGGACAGAGGGGGCUGGGAGUGAACCCCAAGCUCCGAGCCGGACCCCCGGAGGUCUCCUAGCCCCGCAGGCCCUGCACCCCGUGCCCUUCUGCUCCGGCCGAGGACCACACACAGCCUGGUGGAAGCCCCUGGUUUCCAGAGAGGAUCCUGCCCAGACGCCGGAGACCCCCGGAUCCGAGCCCCACGUUGCGUGUAAACUGAGGCCCAGAGUGGUGGUGGCCGCGGGGCCGCUGAGGAGGGCCCCUGGGUUGUUCCCCCCAUCAUGUGCACCUCCACUCCCUUGGGGACACCCCCCCAGGCCGCCUCUCCCCCGCCCCCUGUGACCGGACCACCACAACCUCAGUCCCGAGGGAGGGGGCUACAGGCAAAAACCAGAAAAAGAUCCAAUUUUUCUCUCCUCUGAGUCAGCUCAAUGCUCGGAAGCCGUCUGUGGCCCAGAACCAUCCGCGCGGGUUGCGGGAGCUGCUUGAGCUUUUCUGUUGCAUGUUUGCCAUUUUUUUCCCAUGCUUUUCUGGGGUCGUGUGCCUCGUGCAAAACGGGGACCAGGUGCUGGUGGAGCCCACGCCAUGCCGUGGGGAGAACGGAGCUGUGAGGGGGGAGAAAAGAAAAACAGCUGGCUCAGGGCUUCCAGCAGGUGCCGGAAGGAGCUAGAACACACGCUCCCCCCACCAUCCUCCCCAAAGGUAACCAGGCCCCUGCCCAAGGAUUAAGGGACUCCGUGGUGACCUCCGGCCUCCAGGGAGAUAAACCGAGGCAGUGGAAGGUGUUUGUCUUUCCUCCUGGUCACUCGGCCUCUUUGAUGCCCGGGUUGCCGUCACCGGGUCUCGGUAAAGACCCCCACCCUGCUCGCACUCGGGGGGCAGCCAGGAAAGGCCAUCGGGCCGCCGCCGGGGCAGGAGUGACACAGGGCAGGGGGUUUCCGGGCUGAGGCGAAGCCCCCAGACCAUCCUCCUUCCUUGGGGAGCACUUUUCAAAUAAACAAGCCCCCCUCACCUCCCAUCCCCUGGAAGGCCACCGUCCAUCGGACACCCCGCCUCGUCUCCCUGUCCUUCCAGACCGUGGCCAAACGUUUGUGAAGAGCAGCUGCCUGUUUCCGGAAGCCACCUGCGGUUCCGAUAGGUUCCGACCCAUAUGCCUUUUGCCGUCCGGUUGUUCUCAUUUCUGAUUUUUGAAAUCCCGGGGUGCGCCGUCCCCACUCUUUCUUGCAGUGUUUUAAUAUCGUGUGGAAUUGUUCAGACAAAGUGAAUUAAGACACAAUAAAAAGGCUCACUCGUUCCUUUUC